UCAUUAUUAUCAUCACCAUUACCAUUAUCAUCAUUAUCAUCAUCAUUAUCACCAUUAUUAUCAUCAUCAUCUUUAUUAUCAUCAUCUUCAUCACUAUCAUUUCAGACUUUCUAACCUUACAAAACUGACAAUGAACGUCAACUAACGAAAUAUCAAAGCAACUCACAAUGAUAAACAAAUACUAAAACAAGCAAGCUUUACAAAAACUACGUAAACGAAGAGGAAAUGGCAGAUACCAUGACACACUGCACCACUGACUACUGUAUGGCAGAUACCAUGACACACUCCACCACCGACUAAUGUAUGGCAGAUACCAUGACACACUGCACCACCGACUACUGUAUGGCAGAUACCAUGACACACUGCACCACCGACUACUGUAUGGCAGAUACCAUGACACACUCCACCACCGACUACUGUAUGGCAGAUACCAUGACACACUGCACCACCGACUACUGUAUGGCAGAUACCAUGACACACUCCACCACCGACUACUGUAUGGCAGAUACCAUGACACACUCCACCACCGACUACUGUAUGGCAGAUACCAUGACACACUGCACCACCGACUACUGUAUGGCAGAUACCAUGACACACUGCACCACUGACUACUGUAUGGCAGAUACCAUGACACACUGCACCACCGACUACUGUAUGGCAGAUACCAUGACACACUGCACCACCGACUACUGUAUGGCAGAUACCAUGACACACUGCACCACCGACUACUGUAUGGCAGAUACCAUGACACACUCCACCACCGACUACUGUAUGGCAGAUACCAUGACACACUGCACCACCGACUACUGUAUGGCAGAUACCAUGACACACUGCACCACCGACUACUGUAUGGCAGAUACCAUGACACACUGCACCACCGACUACUGUAUGGCAGAUACCAUGACACACUCCACCACCGACUACUGUAUGGCAGAUACCAUGACACACUGCACCACCGACUACUGUAUGGCAGAUACCAUGACACACUGCACCACCGACUACUGUAUGGCAGAUACCAUGACACACUGCACCACCGACUACUGUAUGGCAGAUACCAUGACACACUCCACCACCGACUACUGUAUGAUAGAUACCAUGACACACUGCACCACCGAUUACUGUAUGGCAGAUACCAUGACACACUCCACCACCGACUAAUGUAUGGCAGAUACCAUGACACAGUGCACCACCGACUACUGUAUGGCAGAUACCAUGACUCACUCCACCACCGACUAAUGUAUGGCAGAUACCAUGACACACUCCACCACCGACUACUGUAUGGCAGAUACCAUGACACACUCCACCACCGACUAAUGCAUCUUUUUUUUUUUUUUUAUCUAUUUACACGAUGAAAACUUUUCCUUUUCUAUGUAACUUAGAAAGUAACAUGAACAAUGUGACUGAUUCAUUACCGUACAUUAAUCGCAUCGACAGAGAGGCGGACGAGGACGAGGAUGAUGACGAGGAUGAUGAAGAAGAGGAGGAGGAAGAUGAAGACGAACAUAAUAUUGUGAAGAGAGAUACUGGAGACGCUGACGAAGAGGAUGAGGAUGACGAUGACGAAGAGGAAGAGGAUGACGAGGAUGAGGAGUAAUCAGCCAAGUUCAUGAAGAAGGCAGCCACGAGAGGGAGUCAGUGUAUAAAACACCUGUAAUCGUCAUCACUUACAUUCGUACUACAUCUGGAGAUUCAAAAUUGAUACGAAACCCUUGUGGCAUCUUUAGUCCUUAGAUCUUUGACCUUCACGUCUGCAGGUCCGACCUCCUCGCCAGUAUCAUUUCUACAUCUGUAACACCUGUACUAACUGACCAUCAAUAAAACUAAAAGCAAUGAUUUCUCACCGCAUCUCCUCUACACACUCAAUACCUGUCAACAAGACCAUUCGCACACGUCAGAAAUUAUUUGUUACCUGUAUCAUAUCUAUACCUCUGACAUACGUUAAGAUAUCAUUAGUACACCUCAGUGAAAUUAUAUCGGUUACCUGUACCACCUGUACACCCUGACACCUGCUUAUUAACAUUUCUGAAGUGACAUGGUUUUUAUGUAAAACUUCAAGCAUAUAAGACAAAUAUAUAGUGGUCAUGGAAAAAAGAAUUACAUUAUAAUUUACAUGCAUCGAGGAAUCAAUGAAAGACGCUUUAUUUUAUUUUUUUUUCCUGAUGAGAGAGACGGGAAAGAAGCAAAAUAGAACUUAAAGAAAAAAAUAUAGAAAACAAAAAACAUUAAUCCAUGUUCGUAUGCUAAAUAUCUUGAAGGAUAUUGAACGUAUUGAGUUUUGAUUGAUGGUUUAAAUUCAAACCACUAGUCAUAUCACAAUUUAUCAACCUCUUUAGAACACCAGUCAGAAAGAACGGCUGUUGACUUUUUAUUAGCACCACCCUCACUUAUAAACACACCUUUUAUGCAUCGCAAACAUUAUCCGAUUGCUUUUAGCGCUAGUUUUUCACUAAAUCAAUCAAUCAAUAGUAAAAUGUAUGUACAAAUAAAAAAGAAGUACAAUU